AGAUGCACCAACGCGAAGGCGGCCUCCCUUGAAAUUUCGAAGACAAAGUGGGAGUGAUUGCCUCGGCCGGUGGCGUAACUCAAAGCUUUAACAUCGCAGUAACCCACGCAAGCACCUCACCACAUUGAAGGAGCGUGGUGGACUGGGCAAUGAUCCCUCAUUCGUCGUCCUCUUGGUGCAGCGAAACAAACAAGUGUAAAGGAGCACCGCAACCCAUCCUUUUACAAGUUCAACCAAACAACCCCCUGGCCACGUUGUCGUCUAUCUACCCGUAGCACCUAGUCUAGUCUGUACUCUGGAAGGAGUAACGAACUUUACACCACCAGUGUCACAUCCCCUCUUUCUCAAAAAGUCAAUAAUUCACCACCACGAUGGAGAAGGAGCUGUUGAACCAGAUGAUCCACGAUCGCGAUCGAAGGAUUGCCUCGAUCAAGAACAAGAUGGAGGAGCAACACGAGAAGAUGGCGAGAUUCCAAGUAGAACUGGUGGAUAUAAAAAAGCGUCGCGAAGAGUCGGAAAUACAACACAUGGAAGAGUUGACAAGACUCAUGGAGGACCGAGAGAUUGGUGAACGCGCAUUGGGACGCCUGCAAGAAGACCUCAAAAAGCAACAAGGGGACUCCUUGCAGCUCUAUGCCGAAGUCAUCAAGAAGGGCGCCGCCAAAGUUACCGACGCCACGGACAGUUCCUACGUGAUGAGAAUGCAAGCACAGCUCUGUAAAUGCAUGCACUCCAUGGGAAUCAUGGAGAACCAAACGGAACUCGUCAAGGCAACCUGCGACGAAUUAAUCAAGUCCCUCAAGGACGCCGUCAAUCGAACCAUAGACGAAAAGACAAAUAUCGAACUGCAAUGCAUGAACGAACUCGUCAUGACGGACAAUUCUCGGAGAGACGUUGAGGAGAAUAUGAAACAAAAAUUGGAAAAACUCCAAGAGCAAAUAGUGGAUUUGGAGGAAAAACUAGAAGAUCACGAAAGCGACAGCGAUAGUGAUUCCGAAGUUGAUGAAGAGGAGGAGGAAGAAAAGGAACUGUUGAAGAAGGAAUUGAAGGAGCGAAAUGAUGAAAUAGCAAGGCUGCAAAAGGAGGUCGAAGCCCAGAAGGAGAAAAUUGAAAAACUCGAAAAGGGCAUCGAUGUAGAUGGCGACGACAAACCACCGGCCGGGGACAACGGUGCCAAUGAAGCCACGGAAGAUGAGUCUACUGACAGCCAGUAAUCAAUUCGCAAAUAUUCGCUUCGAAUCUAUGGAGAACAAUUAGAUUCACUUUCUCAACCUCACUCCCACAAUCUUCUUUUUAAAGCACUCGGAAUACAUGCAUCUGCUUGAGAUAUCCGCCAUUUUCUCAUUUUCAUUCUCAACCAGCGGCUUUUGAGUGUCGACAAUAAGCAACUGGAUGAUGUAAACUACAUGUAGUCCGUCCUAGCCUACAUGGUACCGGUAUGGGUCAAAUCGCCCUGUUUCCGUUGAUAAAAUAAAUAGCGAAAUCGUCCACUCUCUUUCACUCCACCGUACCGGUACGUUGUAGCUAUUGGCAGUUAAAAAAUCCCAGCUAGUACCUUCGCAUUUUAUUGUUUC